ACCUUCGCCCCAAAGUUUCACGUCCUAUUCUCUCAGUCUUCGGGAUACCUGUGUUUCUAAACCAUAUUUUCUUUGUUAAUGAUGGCUCUUUCGAGACUGUUAUCUCCCUUCCAUUCGCGAAAGAGACUGCGCGUUCAGAUUAUGUCUGACCUUCACCUCGAAGUCUGCCAGCAGUAUGCCAACUUCCAUAUCACACCGCGAGCUGAUCGUCUCAUUCUAGCUGGCGAUAUUGGACGACUGGCAGAUUACGAAGCUUUUCGUGACUUUCUACAUUUGCAGUGUGAGCAAUUCUUAGAAGUCUAUCUCGUGUUGGGCAAUCAUGAAUUCUUUGGUGUUUCCCGUGAACAAGGCCUGCGUCUGGCGUAUAUGCUUCAGCAGGAGCCGGGACUUAAGGAUAAAUUGACUGUAAUGAAUCAGAAGAGGGUGGAUUUGCAGGAUAUCACUCUCUUAGGCUGUACUUUGCAUUCGCAUAUACCGCCAGAAGACGAAGAGAGUGUUCGGAGCACGGUUAAUGACUUCCGCCAUAUCGAGGGCUGGACAGUUUCUAAACAUGUUACUGAGCAUUUCAGCGAUGUGAAGUGGCUGGCAGAUGAAAUAACUUCAAUUCGACAAACAGAAUCUGCCCUGAAACGGAAGAUCGUUGUGAUCUCCCACCACGCCCCUUCAACGAAAGGGACCUCAAGGCCAUUGGACGAGGGCAGUCCAUAUAACUCGGCCUUUGCAACAAAUCUCCUUGAUGGAGAUACGCAAUCAUUUUUCGAAACCGUGCAGUGUUGGAUUUUUGGCCAUACGCAUUAUUCCACCGACAUACUUCGAGGGCGGACGAGGCUUGUCAGCAAUCAACGAGGCUACGUCUUUCCGAAUAAAGAAAAUAAUGGGUCUAAAGCCCCGGACAGUUUUAUGUCAAAAGUCAUGAAGCCUAGAGUUAAAGGAAAACAGACGCAGGAUACGUUUAAUCCCGAGAUGGUCAUUGAAGUUUGAGCUGUUUUCCGACCAGAUGGUAAGGAGAAUACAAAGAUCACGCUCUCGGAUUUCUCGACAUGAUGACAAGAUCGAUGCGGACUAAGGCGUAAUAAAUUGAUUGCAACAAGGGAGCGUGGAUGGCCUCAUGAUGUGUUGGAACCCGGGCUGGUGGGUUGUUUCAUGUGGAUUGCUACGAUUUGAAACGAGGCGAAGACAAGUUCUACUAUUCGCAUUACCAAAGGCAAAAUAAAUAAAUAAAUAGAAAACUAAAGGGAGGCCCCGGGGGGUUAGGGGAGGGGACAAGGAAGAUUCCAGGGUCCAACCCACCAACAGCCAGGACAACCUCCUCCUUUAUCUUACAUGUUCUUUCCCAGUUUCCAAAUUGGCGAUUCCGGCCUAACAAAGACUAUACCCAGUAGUUCUGACAGCAAUUCUACCUCAUUUGUGGAGCGAAGCGAAGCAAUAUAUUAGAUGCUUUCAAAACCUGAUUAGAAUAGAAGAUGAG